AUGUUUUCUAUCUCCAAGAAGCAUCUUAAUUCUCAAUCUCCUAGCUCCCCAUCCAGAGUGAACAUAAUAUUGGGAAAAAUCCCUAUUUUUAGGUCAAAACCCUGUUUAUGAAAAAAUAUUUUGACAUAUAAGUGAAAUUAUUAUAAUAAAUUGCAAUUUAAUUUUUAAUCAGCAUGUAUUUUAAACAUUAAUUCACAAAUUAAAUUAAUAUUUUCUUAAAAUUAAGAUUUUUAAAUUUUGAUGAAAAAAAUUUAUUAUAAAAUUUGUAUAUAACUUUGGAAAAAAAAUUAACCCUUAACAAAAAUUAUUUUGCUCUCAUAAAGGGGUGGAAUAAGGGAGCAGAGUAUUCCAUUUCAUCAAAUAGAGAUUUUCCUCUGAAUCCCCAACUCAGAAAUAAGCAAAUUCUUGUUAUUUGGGAGAUUUUUUGCACAAUAUUUUCAAAUAGUAAAUUUUAUAUUUGUAAAUCGAAUAUUGUUAUUCCCCCCACCUUUAAUUGGACCAUAAAUUAUGUUUUAAUUUAAGGGGUUUAAUUAUUUUUGACAAAUAAAUUUAUAUUUAAAAUUUUUAAAAUCUAAAAAAUAAGUUGAGGGCAAUACUUUAAUUUUACGAAGAAAUGAUUAAAAAAUUAAUUGAUUCAGUGUGAAAACUGUUUAAAUAGUAUUCUACUACUCCACUUUUUUCCAUUAAUAAAGUUUUCCUAUACUAAAACAAUAUUGCUCCAGUUAAAGGGGCGAAGUUAUUAUUUGUGGUUUGUUGAUAAAAGUGAUUAGUAAAAAGUUUUCCUUCUUAAUUUUAAUAAAAAAUAAUUUAAAAUGUUUGAUAUAAAGUAACUUGAUAUGUUUGAUAAAAAAUAAUUUGAUAUAUUUUAUACAAAUCUGAUCUGAGUUUAAUAAAUUGAAUUUCUGAUAAAAAAUUUAAAUUCUGUCAAAUAGAGAUUUCUUUAGAUCAAGGACCUGAAUGAGUUUUAAAUUGUGAUAGCUAACCAAAGGAUUUGCUUUUCAAUAUUCUAUUGGUUCCUUCAUCUUAAAAUUCUUUUUCCAUUUCCAAUUUCUUCAAUUCAUGCAAUCAGCAUUGGUAGCACACUGAAGCAUUGAUAAAAACGUGGCUUUCAUCAUCUAUAGUAGAUAACGGAAAAUUAAAUAUUUAUCCUCAAUUAUAAAUAGUUUUUUCAUAUAUUCAUAUAUAAUUUAUUUUUGAAAAUUUUUGAGUAAAACCCCACUAAUAAGCAAGAAUUUGCUUAUUAUUGGGAGGGAGAUAAGAGGAUUUCAGAGGCAGCACAGGAACAGCACAAUUUCUCACCAUAACUCAGUCAAAGCGUUUAAUUAUCGAGAUUCAAGUCCUGCCUUAUUAAAUUCAAAUCAUUAUGGAGGAGAUGUAUCAGUCAAUACUCCUCUCAUUGUCCCGAAAAAAUACUCCAUAGCAAUAACAAACUACACUCUCACUGAAAAUCCUGAAAAAUCAAUAAAAAAUGACUCCUCGAAGCUGUCCCUUAUAAUUAACAAAACCGAGCCACCAAGCCCUUCAAAAGAAUUUAUAUCUACUCAAAACACGAAUUUAUUAAGUAGCUCUAAGCACAACACUUAUAUCGCUAUUUCUUCUCGAAAUAUUUUCAAAAAAGAUCACUUUUUCAAAAACAAUGAUUUUCCGAGAACUUUUGCAAACGAUUUUGAGCUUAAAGGAUACAAGCUAUCAAUAUCACAAUUGCGAAAAAAUUUACAGUUUGAAAGCUCCAAGCUAUAUAAAAGUCAAAAAAAUCUCAAUAAUAUUCAUCUUGAACCAUUGGGUAAAGCCAACGAACUCAUUAAAGAAGAUACUACAUCAAAAUUUACUUCCCCAGCAGCUGCAGGAAGCUCUAGACCUGAUACCGGUGAAACAGAUGGAGCAUCAAUUCAGUCACUGAGCUAUGGACAAUCAUUAAUAAAUAAAGAGCCGACUUUAAAUGAAAUGAUAGAAAAAGAUGAUAAAAUGGUGAAUAUGCUAUUUCGCUAGCGAAAUUUCCUCUGCUUAGCUCAUUUUAUGAUUAUGAGAUUCGGUUUUCCCCGAGAAUCCUUAUUCACUAUAUCAGGUGAGCAAUGAGAGAGAUGCACAGCCUCCAUGCCUGGUCCUUCUUGUGCUUGAGAAUCUUAGGGUUUUAUUCGCUUACUCCCCCCCCCCCUCCGUGAGUGAACAAAACCAUUAGAAAAAUCGCUAUUUUUUGCCCAAAAGUGAGUGAACAAGAAUUUUUUAUGUAAAAAAAAUUUGAGAUAUAAGUGAUAAUUAGUAUAAUGAAAUCUAGAGCUGAUUCUGUUUAAUUUUAAACGAAUUGCUUUUUAAAACAUAAAUUUUAUAAAUUAAAUUAAUAUUUGCUUUCAAUUUUUGCGAAUUAGGAUUUUUUUUAAAUUUCGAAAAAACAAAUUUUUUAUAAAAUUUAUAUAUAAAAUUUUUUAAAAAAAAAAAUUAACCCUCCUCCGUGAGUAAACAAAAUUUUUUUGUUCAGUCACGGAGGGGGGGGGAGUAGCAUAUUCGAGAAGGGUAACCUUUAAGCGAAACAUGCGCAGGAGCUGAACAACUCGUGAAGACAAGGCAUUGAGCGAGACGUUCAGUCAGAUUGAUGACUCUUUGUUUUGGACUGAUCUCCUAUAUCUCCUAUAUAAUGAGUCAUUUUAAUUGACAGAGGUGGCCUCUGGAUCACUAUUUCUAGCUAAUCCUUUACUAGGAGUGUCAGUAGACACGACUCUAUAAGUGCCUAAUGAAAAUUUGUAACUAAUCAUUUGAAUGAUAGAAGAAAUGAGCUCAACAUCAGACGUGACCAAAUAUCAUGAAUUUAAAUUCAAGCUGAUGACUGAAGACAAAUUUUACAAAGAUAUCAAUGGGAAUAUAAGAAAAUGAAAAGCUGGGGAUACUUUAGGAAAUGGAAGCUAUGGGAAUGUUAUAAAAGCUUUUGAUGUAGAAACAGGAGAAAUAUUUGCUGUUAAACGGCUGUUUUUUAAUAAAGAAAACCAAUUCCAAGCAGAACUUGUAGACUCUAUUGACAUUGAAAUCAAUAUAUUGAAAGAUCUUUCGCAUCCAAAUAUAGUGAAAUACUUAGGUUGUGAAAAAGUUUAUGAUACUUUAUGCAUAUAUUUCGAGUAUAUGCCAGGAGGAUGCUUAUCCAGGCUACUUUACAAUCUGGGUCCUCUUCCUGAAGAUGUAGUGAAAAUUUAUUUAAAACAGAUUUUGUCAGGGCUUAUUUAUCUACACUCUCUAAAUAUAAUAUAUGCUAUAUAUAGCUUAUAGUGCUUGAAGUAAUAGUUUAUUGACUUAUUUAUAUAAAUAAGUAUAUAUUACAUAGAGAUAUUAAAGGAGCAAAUAUUUUAAUAGAUUCAGAAGGAACGCUCAAGUUAGGCGAUUUUGGCUGCUCUAAAAAAUAUACAACGACAAAUGAUUCUGGAUUUUUAACAAGUGCCAAAGGAAGUCUGCCUUGGGCUACAUAUCUUUCCUUGGGAAAUUUUCCUAGCUAUUGGGUUAAAACUUUUUCCGUAAGACAUUUACUCACUUUUCUGAUAAGAAAAAGUCUCGUCCAAUAGUUUCAACAAAAUUGACUUGGGGGAAAAAAUCAAUGCUGUACCUGGAUGGCUCCUGAAGUAGUUAAGCAAAGUGGCUAUGGCAGAAAGGCUGAUAUAUGAAGCAUAGGAUGCCUUACAUUAGAAAUGCUGAAUGCAGAACCACCUUGGAAAGGUCAUGAUAACUAUAUAGUUGUUAUGAUGAAAAUUGCAAUGACAGACGAACUUCCAGUUUUCCCUGCUAGUAUAUCUGCAACAGCAAAGGACUUUAUUAUGGUCUGUCUACAAAAAGAUCCUCAUAAGAGACCUUCUGCAGAAGAGUUGAUGUGUCACCCAUUUUUAUCAUAA